AUGUUGCUGCUGCCAUCGCUGCUGCUGCUGCUCCCCUAUUGUUCAGCCGUGGAGGUCAAGCGGCCCCGGGGCGUCUCCCUGUCCAACCACCACUUCUACGACGAGUCCAAGCCUUUCACUUGCCUCGAUGGCUCUGCCACCAUCCCUUUCGAUCAGGUCAACGACGAUUACUGUGACUGCAAAGAUGGUUCAGACGAACCAGGUACUGCAGCCUGUCCUAAUGGCAGCUUCCACUGUGCCAACGCUGGCUACAAGCCCCUGUAUAUCCCCUCCAGUCGGGUCAACGAUGGAGUGUGUGACUGCUGUGACGGGACAGAUGAGUACAACAGCGGCAUCGUCUGUGAGAAUACCUGCAAAGAGAAGGGCCGUAAGGAGAGGGAGACCCUGCAGCAGAUGGCGGAGGUCACCCGGGAGGGGUUCCGCCUGAAGAAGAUCCUCAUUGAGGACUGGAAGAAGGCCCGGGAGGAGAAGCAGAAAAAGCUCGUUGAGCUCCAGGAGGGGAAGAAAUCCCUGGAGGACCAGGUGGACACGCUGCGGAUGGUGAAGGAGGAGGCCGAGAAGCCAGAGAAGGAAGCCAAAGAGCAGCAUCGGAAGCUGUGGGAAGAGCAGCAGGCUGCCUCCAAGGCCCAGAAGGAGCAGGAGCGGGCGGCCAGUGCCUUCCAGGAGCUGGACGACAACGUAGAUGGGAUGGUCUCCCUGACUGAGCUGCAGACCCACCCAGAGCUGGACACGGAUGGGGACAUGGCACUGUCAGAAGGAGAAGCCCAGGCCCUCCUUGGCGGGGACUCGCAGGCGGACGCCACAGCCUUCUAUGACCGGGUCUGGGCUGCCAUUCGGGACAAGUACCGGUCUGAGGUGCUGCCCACUGAGCCUCCUGCGCCCACUGCUGACCUGACAGAGCCCAAGGAGGAGCAGCCGCCACCAGUGCCCUCCCCGCCCCUGGAGGAAGUGGAGGAGGAGGAGGAGGAGGCUGAAGAGGAGGAAGAGGAAGAGGAGGAAGAGGCUGAGGCUGAGGUGCAGGGAGAGCAGCCCAAGGAGCGCCUGCCCCCACAGGUGCCCCCCCAGCCGGCCAGCCCCACCGAGGAGGACAAGAUGCCGCCCUACGACGAGGAGACCCAGGCCCUCAUCGACGCUGCCCAGGAGGCCCGCGACAAGUUUGAGGAAGCCGAGAAGUCCUUGAGGGAAAUGGAAGAGUCCAUCAGGAACCUGGAGCAGGAGAUCUCCUUCGACUUUGGCCCCAACGGGGAGUUCGCUUACCUCUACAGCCAGUGCUACGAGCUCACCACCAACGAGUACGUCUAUCGGCUCUGUCCCUUCAAGCUUGUCUCACAGAAACCCAAACACGGAGGCUCCCCCACCAGCCUUGGCACGUGGGGCUCCUGGGCCGGCCCCGAGCACGACAAGUUCAGUGCCAUGAAGUACGAGCAGGGCACAGGCUGCUGGCAGGGCCCCAAUCGCUCCACCACAGUGCGGCUCCUGUGUGGGAAGGAGACGGUGGUGACCAGCACAACAGAGCCCAGCCGCUGUGAGUACCUCAUGGAGCUGACCACACCGGCCGCCUGUCCGGAGCCACCGCCAGAGCCGCCCGCUGACGGGGACCAUGAUGAGCUCUAG